AUGGGGUCCGAGCAGAAUCAAUUUCCACAACCGCCAGCUCCUGGGCUAAAGAGAUGGGAAGGCUGUUGGGGUGGACUGUCUUGUUUUGGCAAACAAAAAGGUGGAAAACGUGUUGUACCCGCAUCUCGCAGUCCAGAGGCCAAUUCUUUAUCAAAUCAGCCAAAUGGACAUCGGGCUGGUGGAUUGCCUAAUCAGUCUACAUCUAUUUUAGCCCCACCAUCUUCACCUGUGUCCUUCUCGAAUUCUGCACUCCCUUCAACAGCACAGUCACCCAAUUGUUUCUUGUCAGCCAAUUCGCCGGGAGCUACUUCAUCUACUAUGUUCGUCACAGGUCCAUAUGCCCAUGAGACGCAACUCGUAUCUCCUCCCGUUUUCUCGACUUUCACAACUGAGCCAUCCACAGCUCCUCUAACUCCCCCACCCGAGUUGGCACAUAUCACUACUCCCUCUUCCCCAGAUGUGCCUUAUGCUCGAUUUCUUUCAUCAUCUGCCAAUCUUAAAGCCACUGAUAAAGACAGUCAGAUUAAUGCCAAUGAUCUUCAAAUGAAUUAUUCACUUUAUCCUGAAAGCCCCGCUAGCAGUCUCAGAUCACCUGUUUCAAGAACAUCUGGUGAUGGCCUAUCAUCGUCUUUUCGUGAAAGGGAGUUUCCUCCGCUAUGGGAUUCUUCAAUUCUUUCGCAAGGGACUGCAUGCACGAAAUCUGAGUCUGGCAGGUUACUUGGGCUUAAACCAGUUGGCGCCACCUCCACAUUGCGACAAGAUUCCAAUUUUUUCUGCCCAGAAACAUUUGCUCAAUUCUACUUGGACCACUCUACAUUUUCUCACUCUGGUGGUAGGCUGAGUAUUUCCAGGGAAUCAGAUGCUUACUCAAGUUAUGGAAAUGGGCAUCAGAAUAGGCAGAACAAAACUUGCAAACCAGAUGUUGAGGAAAUUGAAGCUUACAGAGCAUCCUUUGGGUUCAGUGCUGAUGAAAUCAUCACUACAACUCAAUAUGUGGAGAUUUCUGAUGUAACCGAGGAUUCCUUUAGCAUGACACCUUGUACUUCUAAUAAGUCACGUGAAGGGGAACAUAUCAUAACUGCCCCAGCAGUUGAAAAUCCACUCGCAGAUAAGACACGUGAAGAUUUUCCAAGCCCACAGUUUGGUAAAGCAAGACAGAAUCAUGCUCAGGGGGCAUACUUUGGAGUGCCUGGUUCAUGCAAUGGUUUUGAAGAUCAUGUUCCCCACAGUCGAUUUGGAGAUGGUUCUGGACGAAACAAUCCUGAUAACUACAUUGUGAGUGAUAAUGACGACGUAUUCCAUAAUGUGGAAGCUUCCAGAAUCAGCCAGAAACAUCAUUUAUGCUCAUCAAAUUCUGAUACAGAAAUCGAGUAUAGGAGAGGGCGAAGCUUGAGAGAAGGACGAAGCUUAAGAUAA